AUGCUUCAGAUUGAAUCCGAAUCGACCACCGCAGCAAUAAAGAGUGACGAUAGAUUCGUUUCUGACAGCGUAAGUAUUUUUACUAACGACGACAACGUGAUGGGUGGUUUUGGAAGAGGGAAUGCAGUAAGGGGGAGGAGAGGUGUACAAGGGCCUGAUGGUUGGGACACUGUGCCAAUUGCUGAUGAUGAAUCUUCCCAAGAAUGGCAUUCUGGAAAGCAGAUUGUGGAUGAUGAGGAUCGUUUGAGUACAGCUUCAUCGACUGCAUACUUGGAAGAUAUGGCCACAACAUCACGAAGUGGUUUCAAUGCCCCGACUGGAUUGCAACCGUCCAAUGGCUACAGUAGUGCUCCGAUGUUGAGAAUGGAUAGCGAACGACAUGAAGAGGAACUUCUAACGCAUUCACUGCGUUUACUUGGUCAGCUUUUCAAGAACUCGGAAAUUCGAGACACGAUAAAGGAUGCGUUACCGGACGAUUACCGUCUACUCUAUCGAUAUUACGGUGAAUCGUAA